AUGGAAGAGGUUUGUGUUGUCCAAAAUUUCUCGUUCCUUCGUGGCUCUUCUCUCGUGCAAGCUGUGGGUCUCCUUCAACUACUAUCUCCAGCUAGAAGUGGCUUCUACCGUAUCUCCAUCUACAACCCUUCACUCCAAGUUCUAAGAUUCUGGUAUACCGUAGGUGGGAUGGAAAGGAGGAUACAACCAAUAGAGCAAUAG